CUCGCAGUGCACGCUCCCACGGGACGAUUUGCGCCCGGGGAGGAUUAUUUCCAUCUAUUCUAGGGUCACAGUGUGGGAGGGGGUAACUGGACGGAACGGGAUCUCGAUAUAGUAGGGCGGUUAUAUCUGUCUUUGUUUUCCAGCAUUUCCCUGGAGGUUAUGAGGGAUGGGAAAAAAGGCAUGGCGUCCAAGAGGAAGCGCCUGGGCCUGGUGUUCUGCGUUUUCCUGUCUUUGCUUGGAGCAGUCGGUUUUGCGCUUUUUGCUAUACCCGUUUGGUUUGGUUUUGGGGGGCUCUGCUAUCUCCUGGAUCCUCUACAUUUUUCUUGUUAUUUAUUUACGCGGAGGAGCUUUCGCAACGGCGGCUUCUUUGGGGCUCGUCGAGGCCGAGCCGUCGAAGUUAUGUCUCAUGACCCUGUUCUUUCGCUGUCUGUCCGUCCGUCCGUCCGUCCGUCCGUCUGUCUGUCUGUUGUAUACAGUACGUUGUGCAGUCCAUCCGAUGUCGCGAACAUUUUUUAUUUUUCAUUUGUUGUUGUUGUACCGUAGUUACAUAGCACCCACCGUAGCGUAGCGUAGCGUAGCUUAGACAGAGCCAGCAGCAGCACCGCUGCAGCACGACGAUCAGAGAGAGCAGAAAAAAAAAGUUCUUCAACUCGCAGAUGCUUACUAUACAUUUGUAC